AUGUAUAAUCCUGGUAAAACCAUGUUAGAUAAUUACAUGGGAACAAAGACUAAGGAUAUCGUUUAUACACAAGUUAUUAACGGUCAAACAGUAGUAACGAGAAAAACAGUACCGUGGGAUUAUGACGCAACAGGCAAGGACUUUUUACCAAAUAACCCAACAUCAGAAACUAUUGGCUCGGCUGUUGAUAUGGUGGAAAACUUAAACGAUAUUAUUUUAAAUGCGAUUAAGGUAUCGUCUGGUUUUGGUUUAAGAAAUACGGGUAUCGUUGGAGCGAGUAAAAACCAUUUGGGCGUAGACCUUGCAGCUAAUAAAGGUUCAAGCGGUGCGAGGGGUAACUACAUUAAGGUAGAUGACGGAAAAGGAACAGUAACCCUUUACCAGCAUUUAAAUACUAUUAAUACCUCAGUAGGUCAAACUGUACGAGCUGGAGAAAAAAUCGGUACUGUAGGAGAUACGGGAGUUAAGGCUAUUGUAGCCGCUGACUUAGACGAGCUUAUACAGGAAGUUAAUGACUUCCUAAAUACUGUUGAAUGGGCAGACCUGGAUAUUAUCCCUGGACUUCCUCAAAACGUAUUCGGUUUGUAUAUAACGUACACCGAAGAGGGGCGUUAA